AGACAGCGACGGGAAUCGAACCCCGAUCGCUGGUGCUGUAAUAGCGUCGCGCUAACCACUACGUUACUGUGCUGCCCACACUUCCAAAAUAAAUUGGCACUUUAUUUUUUUUUAAUAAAGAAAUUUAAGUUAAGAACUUCACCAUGUCUGAACCAAUAACGCUGAAUGUAGGGGGAAGCUUGUACACCACUUCCUUGACUACUUUAACUCGCUAUCCAGAUUCAAUGCUUGGUUCAAUGUUUGCUGGAACGUUACCCAUUAAAAAAGAUGUACAAGGAAACUGCUUCAUUGAUAGAGAUGGAAAAAUGUUUCGCUACAUCCUGAAUUUCCUUCGCACAUCACACUUGGACCUUCCAGUUGAUUUCCAAGAGCUGGAUCUUCUGAACAGAGAGGCUGAUUUUUUUCAGAUCCAACCUCUGCUGGAAGCAUUGCAGAAAAUCAAGGCAAUAUCUACUAAAGUGAGAAUGAAUACAAUUCUUAAUAUCAUUUAUGACUCGCAUUUACAUAAUAUUGGUUCUUUCACUGUAAAAAUCAUUAGUGUUCAAGUAUUUUCUACAUCAUGUGCCUUAUUGAAACUCCUGAGUUCCAAGUUCUACCAUACAAUCAAUGGGGAGAGUGCAUCUGUAGACACCAAAGAGGAGGACCAGAAAUUUAUUUCCCUAGAGUGGGUUGAAAGUGGUUUAAAUGCAAUGGAAAGGCGAUACUUAAUGCAGAAUUGGAAAAGCCUCUAUGUUGCACCAUCUCAACAGAAAAUCAAAAAUCUGCAAAUGUUUUUUCAACAAGUCAUAAAAAUAGCAGUGAAUGGUGGAUUCCUGCUUCAUUCCUUUCCUACCACUUCGUCCAGCCCACUGAUCCUCCAUUUCACUCAAUGCUGAUAAAACUAAUGCAGGUUUCAUUGUUUGUGUUUAUCAAAAAAAAGCUUCUCCCUUCUUAUUUCUUAGAAAAGCUGAAUUUUUUUUUCCAGCUGUGUAUUUCACAACAAAAUUCGUCAUGUACAAUGUGUGUGUAAAUAUUGUUUCUUUCACUUCAGUUUAAUUUUGGUUGUUUUGUUAAAACUGAUUCACUUGAAGUAAACUUCAACAAUCUGUAUUUCUGUAGUUCCUUUGACAUUUGAAACGAAGUGUGACAUUAGGCCAUAUCGUGAACUAUUUGGGUAAAUGACCAACAUUUGGUCAAAGAGGAGCACAAAAAUGCUGGGAGGAACUCAGUAGGUCAGACAGCAUCAAUUGGUGGAAAAUGGACAGUCAGCAUUUCAGGUCAAGACCCUUCAUCUGGACUGAAAGAUGGAGGGUGCCUCACCUGCUGAGUUCCUCCAGCAUCUUGUGCGUUGCUUCAGAUUCCAGCAUCUGCAGUCUCUUGUGUCUUCAUUUAGUCAGGUUUUCAGGAACAUUUUAGAAAAGGAAAAAAAGAGGCAGAUGAUGAGGCAGGGAAUCAGAGAUUUAGAGCCUUGUUGGCUCAACUUUAGAGUCUUGUACAGUCCUAAACAUAGAGGAACUGUUCAAAACCAGCACGCUGCCCAUUCCAUUUCUGAGUUGCUCAUUGCUACACUACCUCCCACAUCUAGAUGAGAACUCCAUAAUUAUUGACUGCAACUACCUGCCAUUUAUCUCUUGUACUCAUCAAAACAAUGUUACUCGAAUUCCUUCAUUGAUAACUUAUUCCACUUACUCUGUGUGAAAUCUGUCUACCUGUUGUUUGGUGUCAAUUUAUGAUUGGUCUACACUGUACUGUGAAUCAUCUUUUCCUACUCAAGAUUUCAAAUACAUUAAAAUCACGAUGGGCUGACUUUCCACAAUGAUGGAUAAUCUUGUUUGCCCCUGAGAAAAAUGGUUUAUAAAUAAGUUAAAGUGGGAAUAACAUCGAGGUACAUCAUAAUUUGAGGUUUGGAAAAAAAGACUUAAAUUUGUCCUGCAUAUCACUGAUGGCUUUGCUAAGGAAUUUACACUGUUAUUUAGGCAUACUUGGCAGCUGUUCUGGACACAAAAGAUAUCACAGUCACUGCUAAAGAAAAGUAUUUGCUAACUAAAAAUAAUAAAUGUAUUUAAAUCUUAGUGAAAAUAUAUACGCAGUGAUUAAAUGUAUGCAGCAGGUGGUAAUAUAUUGUUACAGGAGUAUGCUGGUAAACCGGUGAUCGAAUUCUGAUCUCACCAUGGUAAAUUGCUGCUGGUAAUAAGUAGAGACAAUCAACACAGUUGGAAACCAGCUGGCUGUCUACCCCCAUAGAUUGUGUAUGAAUAGCUUCCUUGAGGUUAUAUCUGUGGUUUUGUUGGUCUCAAUAAAUAUUCAU